CUGGGUACCAACCGGUGCGUUUUAACUCAAGAAUAUCGGCCUCGGCCCAGAUUUUUUGCUUGCCUUUGUGGCUUUGCCUAGCAACGGAGAAGAACUACUCAUCGGUUUGGUUGGAAGAGAGAGUGAUGGUUCUAACUCAGCUUCCAAGAUUUCAAUAUUUGGUCUUUAAAGGACCGCCGCCAAAUUUAAAUUUUUUCCCCAAACCAAAAUUACCCAUCAAAGUCACUUGCCCGACACUUUUCUCUGCUCCAAAAUCGACUCUUUCAACCACUGAGCCAAUACCCAUUAGUCAGUUUUCUGUUUCCGAAGAGCCGCGGGUGGAGAUUUCACUGGACAAGUUGUUUGUUCCUCCAGAGACAGAGGUUUCUUUUGACGACCCUAACUUAAGUACAAGAAUCUUGAAAGGGUCGAACAUAGUGGUGAGCAAGUAUGCAAGGGAGGCUCAAGUGCUUCAAGCUGAGUUUGUGAAGAGUAGUGUGAGGACCGAGGAUUGUCCUUCUGAUGGAUUGCCUGAGUUUGCGCUUGUUGGUCGGUCUAAUGUGGGGAAAUCUUCGCUUCUCAAUUCGCUUGUAAGAAGGAAACGCCUUGCUCUCACGUCUAAGAAACCUGGGAAGACACAAUGCAUCAACCAUUUCCGCAUCAAUGAUAAUUGGUACUUGGUGGAUUUGCCUGGAUAUGGGUAUGCAGCUGCCCCUCAGGAACUCCGGACAGACUGGAGCAAGUUUACCAAAGACUAUUUCCUGAACCGUUCAACAUUAGUCUCAGUUUUCCUGCUUAUAGAUGCUAGCAUUACUGCAAAGAAAAUUGAUCUUGAAUAUGCUAGUUGGCUUGGUCAGAACCAGAUCCCCAUGACGCUAAUCUUCACCAAAUGUGACAAGCGGAAGAAGAAAAAGAAUGGAGGGAAAAGGCCUGAAGAAAAUGUGAGUGACUUUCAGGAGCUGAUACGUGGCUUCUUCCAGACUGCACCACCAUGGAUUAUGACCAGCAGUGUUACAAACCAAGGUCGUGAUGAGAUAUUAUUGCACAUGGCUCAACUACGGAAUUACUGGCUGAAACACUAAAGGGAAAGAGUGCAGAAUCAAGCAUUUGCAUGUUGCCAAUAUAGUGGAUUUUUUAGCCUUUUUAUAUGUACAUUAGCAACAAUAUAUCGUGUAGCUGAAGCUGUUUAAUAUAAGUUAUGGACGUUUUAUGCCAUACGCAUAUGUUGGAAUGCCAUCAAAGCCCCAAAAGCUAGCCUGUGCAUCAGGAUUUAUGUAAUCAAAACUUCUUGUUUAAUAAUAACAGAAAACUUCUUCCUGGGA